UUGUGAUAACGUUGCGUGGACUGAUGGAUGCUUGUGUCCCGAAAAUAAUUUCUUGCAAAUUUUUUUUUCUCAAGAAAGUAAUACAAUCUAGCGAAAAUUGAGUUUCGGAGAAAUGUACGACGAUUUUGGUCAGGAUGUUCGAAUGGUUGUGUUUGAUUGCUUGCCGGUGUUGGUUUUGGUGUGGUUAUGGGAGGGGGGGGGGGGGGGGGGGGAGAUUCAGAAUGGUGGAUGGGACUCAGCCUUUCAAGAAUCUCGGAUCCACACUGUACAUGACAAUGUCAAGAUCUGAAUUAUGUAACAUCAGUUUGUAAAGUAAUUCAUAGCCGAAGUAAGCGAGGUUUUUUUGUCACUUUAGAUAACUAUAGUUUACUAAGAGAAUGAAAUGUUUUAAGUAGUUAUAAACAAAAAUUAAGAAUUAUGUCAUCAUGGUUCUGCUCUGCCGAUCUGAUUUUAUGUGACAGGAAGCUUAGCCAAUCAAAUGCUUAUAGCCAUCAUCGGCAGAUGUUUGUAAUGCAAAUUAUCAGCUCUUGCUGUCUUUUACACACCGAUAGAGAUGAAGACAAACAUCAACACAAUUAAAGGAAAUUUAGGACACUGUACAAGGUAACAUUAAGAUGUUGCAAGCUAAGAACACUAAUCUAGUAAAUAAUUUGCCAGAUGAAGAAGAAGAGAAUUUUUUUCAGGAUGUUGAUUUACUUCAGUCCCAUGGCAUUAAUGUGGCAGACAUCAAGAAGCUGAAAGGAGCUGGGAUAUGCACGAUCAGGGGAAUCCAAAUGUGCACACGCAAGAGACUGUGCGGAAUCAAAGGAUUCUCUGAAGCAAAAGUGGAUAAAAUCAAGGAGGCGUGCAUAAAGCUUGAACCAUCUUUGUUCAUGACAGCUCUGGAGGUCAGCGAGAAGCGGAAGAUGGUUUUCCGCAUCAGCACCGGCAGUCAGGAGUUUGACAAGCUCCUGGGUGGUGGUGUUGAGUCCAUGGCCAUCACCGAGGCAUUCGGAGAGUUCAGGACAGGGAAGACUCAACUGUCCCACACACUGUGCAUCACAGCUCAGAUGCCUGGGGAGAAUGGCUACUCAGGAGGAAAGGCUGUGUUUAUAGACACAGAAAAUACCUUCCGACCGGACCGGUUGCGCAGCAUUGCCAACAGGUUCCAGCUGGAUGAAACUGUGGUUCUCGACAACGUGUUGUAUGCCAGAGCCUACACCAGCGAGCAGCAGUACGAGAUGUUGGACUUCAUCGCUGCAAAGUUUCAUGAGGAAGCAGGGGUCUACAAACUCUUAGUGUUUGACUCUGUGAUGGCCCUGUUCCGAGUGGACUUCAGUGGGCGCGGCGAGCUGGCAGAUCGCCAGCAGAAACUGGCCCAGCUCAUGUCCAGGCUCCAGAAGAUCUCGGAGGAGUACAACGUGGCAGUUUUCAUCACCAACCAAAUGACCGCUGACCCAGGAGCCUCCCUGACAUUUCAGGCAGAUCCGAAGAAACCAAUCGGUGGUCAUAUUUUGGCCCACGCUUCAACGACCCGUAUAAUGUUGAGAAAAGGAAGAGGGGAAAAUAGAAUUGCUAAAAUCUAUGACAGCCCUGACAUGCCGGAAAAUGAAGCAACAUUUUCAAUUUGUGGUGGAGGAAUUGUUGAUGCAAAAGAGUAAUUGCAAAUCUCUGUAUAUUGCUGGUUUGCACGUAGAAUUUGUGACAGUAAGCAACUUUUUGGUUGUGUUUAUUUAUGCCUAACAAUCUGAACUGUAACAACUACAUACAGAACAAAGCAUGUUCAUUUACAUAAUACAAUAGACUUAGGAAUAGCAAGCUACAUGUAUGGUGUAUUUUAAGGUGUUACGUAAUUUAUUUCACUUUGAAGAAGAAAGUGAAUGCUUGAAGAAAGUGUUAUUCUUGAUUACAAAUUGGUUUCAUGAGAUGAACAAACUAUGCUUACAUUUAAAAUAAGUUAGGAGUCAAAAGGUUGAAAGCAUAAGGUAUUUUGAAGAAAAAAAAAAUGUAGCAUGCUAUAAAAGUCCCUGUAGACUAAUAUCAAAUUUGUAUAAAUGUAUGUAUAUACACAAAUGUUUAAGUGUAAAAUAGUGUAUUUUGCACAAAUAUUCACUUUAUAUAGUUUACACAUACUAUACUUGAACUAAUUUAGCUAAUUGAAAGAUAUUUUGAACUUAUCUGUGAAAAUAUUUUACGCCAAAAUAUGACAUUCUGUAUCAGACACACAAUACGUACAUAAUUAAUUGAAAGCACACAAAAUCUGGGUAGCACAUUCACACGUUCUCAUGUUUAUAAAUAUAUCAAAUAUUAAAAUUGAAAAAUGUUAUUGGUGUUAGCAAACACAUAACCAUUUGCAUGUAACAAAUGACUUGGCUUUAUUUUGUUAUUUUUUUCUCUACUUAUCUGUUCGUCCAUGAACCAUGAAAAGCUAAAUGUGUGUAAUUUUUUACCAGUAUUUAUUUGUUAUAAUUUCUAGGCACUAAGUGAAUGUCACGUACCUGUACUAUUUUUUGCUAAGAGUCCAUUGCUAUGGAAGAUAAAUAUAUUAAGGUAAAUGCUAUGUGUACAUGGAUGUUAUUACUCAGGUGCAUGAAAAAAAAAUUUUUACAUACAUAUUAAAUAUAUUUAUAUUUUUGGAAAAAAACAUUGGCAAAUAAAUACACAAAAUCUGUUGAACAAAGCAGCACUUCUACCAAAUGCCAGACAACAUCCUUGAAGAUCAACAGGCAAGACUUUUAUUACAAGUUAAAAUUUUUUGCAUACAGGUACAUAAUAAGACUAGAAUUUAUAUCAGCCCAAUGAAAACAGUUCCAACAAUGUUUUAGCUAUGUAAAAACUGCAAGUAAAAGCUGGGUGGUCCACAUGUCUCCUGACAAACCACGGCUGGCAGUUAUCCACCCAGGUCAGUGCAGAGCCUAUGUUUGCCUAUGCACACAUCCAAACAAUUAUAGGUUUCUGAUGAGUGUGUGGCUCUACCAUUUAGUAACCUAAAAGAAUAUCACAAGCUGUAAAAAAACACAAAUAAAACAAAAAUGACAGAUUUAAUAAAGAAAAUUGCUGCAUAAGCCCUUUUCCCUCUUCUCUGGACAGUACUUUUCCCUCACCUGGGAUCAUAACCACAAUAUUUCCCAAACUUUUGAGUUUAUGUUUACGUCUAAAUUAUCCUGAAAUUUCACUUUGCAAAUAGUUUUGUUACGUUAUUUCACUAGAAUGUUCCCAUUAAACACAAAGUACAAUUAUUCACAUUCCAUAGCCAGGUGUCAGGAUGCAUAUUAAGUUAUGCAGUGGCAAAGAAAACAAAUGAUGUACAAUACAUUUUAGCCACUUUUGCUGGCUAUAAAAGAUACAGUAUCAUGAUGUGGCAAACCUGCAAACGGUUUACCUCUAACUUAGGAUAAAAUUAAAAUAAAAAAAAAGUGUGUGAUACCACCAUAUUAGUUUUUCCUUUAUUUGUUUGGUUUUACUUUUCUUGGAAUUGUCUAAGUAAACUUAUUUUACAUUUUUUCUAAUGGUGUGAAGUUUAAAUGUUCAGGCAUGAUGUUGACUGCACAUACUACACAUUGCUAGAGGUACAAAGACAAGGCAUUGAAAUCUCAUGAUGUGCUAUUCCGAGACGGGAUUAAUCUAGAGUUGAUGUACAUGGGAGAGAGCGAGAGAGAGAGAGAGAGAGAGAGCAAACCUAGCGAUAUCUCGUGUUCGGGAAAAGUCAUAGAUGAGGUCUCCGGAUAUCAAUACAGUACAAAAAGCAAGGAAUGCCUUAUGGGGAUGUAAGUACCCUUUGCAGCACAAGGUUCUGUAACUGUUACAGUCAUCACACCCCAGAUUAAGCAUGAAAUUAACUCCUGUAAUCAUUCAUUCUGUAUUUGCAGCUCUAAUGCUAUAUAGCACUAGUGCAAUACGUUAUGUUUGUGAUGUGCGUAUCAAAUGUUGAAUCGUUCCGAGUGAAUUGUUCAUAGAGACCUGUCACUCCCAUACUGGCGAAAAUUCCUUACUGCAUAGUAGGUAGGUCUCUGUAUACAUACCAUCCUCGGUAAAUAAAGAUGAGAAACAAAACCAUCAUAUAUAUGGUCGUGCUUAUAUUGUGCAUAAUAAUGAUAGUAUAUAAUAAUUUAAGUUAAAUGUUUAAUU